CAAAGGCGUACGACUACUUCUCUAUGUCAACACGCAAAAUGGCGUACAAACCCUGACUGAAAGUUUCCAGUCUUUCGUUUGCAGAUAGCUGUGAAUCAACCUACUUUAGUACCAGGUAUCAUCAGUGAAUUUUUUCUCGUGUAUUGGAUGAUAUUUUGAGCGCAAAAGAAUCAUGGGUGACGAAAAAGUUAUGUCCAACUUCCAAGUACAGAAUGUAAUUAAAUUACUAUUGAACCACAAAAAAGGAGAAGACAAGGAUGAAAAAUGGCCUGAAAAAGCCAUUAAAAGCCUUGUUAAGAAACUCCGAGGCUUAUCGGGUAACGAAGGUAUUGAUCUACUACUGAAUGCAAUUUCUCAAAAAGAUGCUAAUACAAAUUGCAUAAAAAUUCCGAGAUCUUUGGAUGGAAGAAUGCAAGUAAGCACGAGGAAAGGAAUGCCUCAUGUUAUGUAUUGUAGACUAUGGCGCUGGCCUGAUCUAACCUCUCAUAAUGAAUUAAAAUCCAUGGAUCAUUGCAUUUUUGCGUUUCAUUUAAAGAGAGAUCAAGUUUGCGUCAAUCCGUAUCACUAUCAACGCAUUAAAACUGAAGAAGUAACUAACACAGAUACACUAAAAAGAGGUAGGUUAAAAAUUGCGAAAGCAUUUCUUUUGAGUUUCUGCAUCGCACGUGAUAGGUUAGCUAAAAUUGUUGACGUCUAGUAUAAAUAUAACGAAACGAAAUGUAAAUUUCUAUAAGGCAAGCUAGAACAUUUCAAAAUAUAAAAAUGUUGUAUUUAAAGGGGAUUUUACAUCGAAAUAUACUUGAUCUAUAGGAAAUUAUUGUUAUCAAACAAGUAUUAUAUGGAUUUAUAUAUCUUGAUAAACUAUAUUAUAUAAAACAAAGAGAAAAAUGUAAUUGAGAGAACCUACAAAAGUUAAAAAAUAUCUGUUGUUUUAUAAAAUUAUCAUAGUUAGAUACGCUAGAAUAAUCAUAUUGAGAGAAAAAUUACAAGAUUACUUAAAUAGUUCUUUUUUAAAAAUUGUCUUUUGUAUUGUAUAGAAGUCUAUUCUUAAAAAACUAACAGUAAAAAAGCUUUUACAUUUCUCUUUUUUGAAUUAAUAAUUUCAAACUGAAAUAUUUAAAAAAAAGAUACACUAUCACAGCUGUUACCUUCAAAGAAUGCUUUAUUCAAACACGUAAUUUUGUACAUGAAAUAACGGUUAUAUCUUAAGCUGAAUAUAAACAUAACAAUAACUUUACUAAGAUUAUAAUGAUUUGCUCUUCCUCUUUAUUUUGUCAAUUUAAAUUAUUCUAUUGCGUUUAUAAUAUACAUUUUUCU